ACACUGCCAGCAAGUAGCGUCAGCUGUUUAGCUUAGUUGCAUUUAAGCUCCAACUGAGAAGCCCCACUGGUGCCAGUGCUGCCUGACACUUACAUUCAGCACCCAAUGGCUGUGGGCAGGGCUCUUUCCUGCUCCUUCACCCCUCCUGCCCCCUUGCUGGAGGCACAACCAAACCAGCACCCAGCACUGAGGGCCGAAGGCGGCACCCACGCCCUUACGCAAGCCCAUAAGGAAGCUGUAGGCGGGCAUGAAGUGACUUAUGAGGCUGAGCACCCGCCUGCGCCUGGCCUUCCCCUUGUCCUGGUGUGGAGUGAGCGCCUCGGUGGCCCUGCUGCAGGAGCCACGCACCCAUGGCCUGGCACUGAGCCCCCUCUCUGCCUCACGGGGAGCCACAGGAGCUACAGGAAGAUGGUGUGCCUGCCCAUCGCCCCACUGGCACUGGCGUUGAGGAGGUGGCUGGGGAUCGGGCUCUUCGUGCUACUCUGCCUUAGUUUAGGCUAUGCACAGGAGAAGAAAGCAGUCAAAAGCAAAGUGGGAGAAAAAGUUGGCCUGCCUUGUUGUCAUGAAAUUCCCAGCUCAGAAAGCCUACAGAACUACCGGGUCUACUGGCAGAAGAACAUUACAGAGGUAGUGCUUGCCUAUGCAGCAGGGGAGAGGAUCUCUGAGCACAACUCUGCCCGAUAUGAAAACCGGACAGAGAUAGACCCCAGGAACCUCACCCUGUGGAUCUCCCCUGUGGAAAUCCUGGACAAUGGCCCUUACUGGUGUGUAGUUCAGCACCUCAGAUCUUCGCAGAACUCCGUGGUUGUGUGUAAUGCGCCUGUCAACCUCUUUGUUACAGCUGACUUCAGUGAGCCGAACCUAACAGCAGAAGUAUCCGCUGAUUCUUGUGAAUCAACUGAGCUGGUGGUAAUGUGUUCUUCUUAUGGAGGUUUCCCCAAACCCAGACUCUCUGGAGCCCUCAACAACAUGUCCGUGGUGUGGAAUGCCAGCUGGGUGACCGAGUCCAACCUCAGCCCGUACAACAUCACUGGCAAACUGUCACUCAAUGUGACCCAAGAUUUCAACAUCACUUGCUCCGUUGAAUACAACAGCUUUACCAAGUCCACCAGUUUGCUUCUGAGAAAAACAAAUGACUGUGUUCUCCCUACUGUGGCUCCAUCUUAUAAUGUCAUUACUGCUUCAAGUAUCAUCUUUGUCAUCUUCCUUUUGGCUAUCACCCUAGCAGCAAGGUACCUCCCAAGGCACGUCUGUUCUCACUGCUCUAAGUGUCAGGAUUCAGUGGAACAGGAUGUGAAAGAGGGUACAAAGCCACCUGUGUGCUCUAAAGUGACAUCUGAAACAUCAUUUGUAUGACCAGAUUGCAUUGGCAGCAGGUACAUAUUGAAAGAGAAAUUGCUGGAGGAAAUAAGAGGACUAAAAGUGGUUUAUAGAGGACUGAGCUACAAGAGGCUAAGGGAUAAGAGUUGCUAGUAAAAAAUAAGGCACUGCUCCUUUUCUACUCCUGCAGCAUCAUGCCGCCCCAUCAGCUUUUUUACUGUUUUCUCACUGUAUGAAGUGAAAUGGGAGCUUCAAAACAUUCUUAUUGAAGGUUUUUUGACAGAGAAAAAGAGACAAGGUGGGUGAUAAGGAAACCAUAAGCUUUGCACUCGUGAAUUCUGGUUGAAAGCAGAAAACAGGUGACACGGAAAACAGUGUUUCCAAAAGGCAACCUUAUUGCAGGACUUGGGUCUACAGGCAACAGUGUCUCAUACUUUCCAUUUCUUCCCAUACUUCCUCUUUCCAGCAUAAACUACUAGCUUCCUGGAGGCUGAACACCCUCCUUUUGUUAUUUUGUUUGCUCAUUUUUAACACUGUGCUUCCUUCCCUGCUAUAACAAUGCAUUUCCACCUUACCAACCACACCACAGCCCUGACAGUUGGACCAACACAACCUUUUCCCUCUGCCUGUCCUAUGCUUUACUUCUGCUCCUGACUGAUGAUUGCACAGCCUCCUGGAGAAGGGUUUGUUCUCUGUACUGUGCCAAACCUUUCUGUCACCAGACUCCUCUGACCUUUGAAGUUAACUCCUUCUAAAGGAAACAAAAUGUUUCACUGACAAAUACGUCUAGCAUCAGUUCAAUUUUGUAUUCUUGUUGGGCAGGUUAUUUGGUUUAUUUUUUCCUUAAGCACGUAUACUAUGAAUCAUGUUUUCUAUUGCCUUGUGCUGUAUUCAGUGAAUUGAACACAAAUGGUUUCUAUGAGACCUUUUUGGCUUAAUAUCUGGGUCUUUCUACCAGGUGAGCUGCUCUGUUUAUCACAGGUAUUUUGUAUAUAACAUUUUUUUCCUAGAGUUCCUAGAGUUUAAUUGUAUUAAAAAAUAAACAGUAAACUCAA